GACUUUCCCGCCAUUUCGCUUGCGUUCCCCCCCCCCCCGACCGUGGUUCGUCUCAUCUCCAUGGCGCUCGAUCCCAGACGCUUGGUUGCCAUGCUGGCGUCGCCCAGCGCAGCCUUGUUGGUGCUGCUGCUCUACGCAGUGCAGCUGGCGCUCAUGUCGACGGCGCUCUCGCAGCCGUGGCGCUCGUACCACCUAUGUCUGCCCGACCUAGUCGCAGGGACGCCGUACCCGGACGACAUGCGCAAUCGAAACGGGGGCCAUGACUUUGGCAAUGGUAAUAACGGGUUCCGCGGCGGCGAUGGCAACUGGCCGCCGGAUCGACCCUGGGGUGGUGAUGUCGCGCCUCAGCCGGGCCAAUGGAUGCCAAACAACCAUCGUGGCAUGAACGAAGGCUACGAUCAAGAUAGACAUGGCCGACGGGGCUUUGAUCGCCGAGGGGACUUUGACGGCCGAGGGGGCUUUGACGGCCGACCGAAUUUCCGCGGCCGGCAGGGCUUUGGCGACGACUUUCGUGGCGAAUCGCUGGAGGCCAAUGACUGGCGGGGCAACGACUCAUCCAAGAGGAUGGCCCAAGCGCAAAGGUUUACUCGAGUGGACAUCGGACCAAGCAAGGUGCUCAUUCUCGAAGGCGGCGAGAACGCGUGGGACCGGUUUAUGCAUCGGACGCGUCCGCAGAGCGCUCGCACCCUGUCAAUCGACCAGAUUCCUCAGCACACUCCGGUUGCCAUCUCGCUGAUGUACGUUGCAGUUGGCGCGAUUGCGACCGAGACAGUGCUGGCCUUGAUCGCAGUAGCAGAGCUGUGUCGAGCAUUCCGCGUCACUUGCACAGAGCAGGCGCGAUUGCUGCUGGCGGUUUCUGCGCUUUUGAUUGCGCUGCUCGGCGUUGGAAUGAGCUGGGGUUUGCUUCUCGGCGAAAGAAACGACUAUCGAGGGAUUAUGCAGCACCUGCCGCUAAAGGAUAGUUUGUACCACCUGCGCAGCCUGCUCGAGUGCUCUGGCGGAUAUCCCACCAUGCAAGACUUUGAUGGCCAUCCGUUGCACGGGAGAACCAUCUGGAUUGUCUCCUGCGGCCUCGGCUUGAUUGCCCUGAUUUGCACGCUCGGGCGAAGCGCAGCAUUGGGCCACCAGGCCCGGACAGGAACAGGGGCGUUCCGCGACACACUCCCGCUGUCUCGCCAAGAAGCGGAUUAUGAUGAGAGCGCGGCGGGUUUCGCUCGGUCUUCUGGCGCCACGGGGGCCACCUCCAUCCUCAUUGGCAUUCUCGCCGUGCCCGCUGGCAUUUGUGGCGCUGUGUGGACGCUCGUGUGUGGUGGGCGCCAUGUAAAUACGGCCAGUCGGCUGCACAACCUGCCUGCCCGUGGCCAAGCUAUUCCUUAUAAUGCGCACGGUGAUCAAUCUACGUUUGCGCAGCUGUCAGAGUACGAGCGCAGGCUGCUGUCGACUCGCUGAUUGUGAUUGGGAAAUAGUGUCUCUCGGCUUUGUUAGUUUGGAGUGGACGUUUUCCAGCGUCCCAUCAGUUGUGUGUGUGUGUGUGCGUAAUGAUGUGUGUAACCGAAUAGAAGUGAUGUUUCUGAAAAUCAAACGAUCA